AUACGCGCGUAUGAGCGUCAGCGGCGCGCGUGCCUCCACGGCAGCUACGCACAAUGUGUAGCAAGUGGACGCAACGCAGUGUGUGAAUCCGGUUCCGACGUGCCGACGACACCGAUGCCUAUGCCCACAGAGCGAUCACAGGGCUUCUUACCCGAACAGCACUGAAUGGUAGCAGCUGAGAGACGGGUGCGGAGCGAGGGGCGGCCGAACCCGGAGGAUUUCCCCCGGACCUGCUCCUCUGUAUGUCUCCUCACACACGGAUGACAACCUCAAAACAAACCCGUGCUGAAAACUUUCAGCUCUACAUCUGACGCGGGGGUAUUAUUGAGAUUUUUUUUUUUAAAGGCUCCAAGAACAGAGACGCCGUCAUGCAGGUGCAAACUGUGGCCUAACGUUGCUGAAAUGACUUGCUCGGCGCUGACGCGGUUCAUCGUGCCAUGCCAACCCCGCAUUGUCAGAUGCCAUUUUACUCUGCGUGAUCCCGGUGUCUGGGAUUCCUACAUACUGGGCCUGUGGUGUCAGUAGAAGUUCGUGAGGCAAGAGCUGGUGCAACGAGAGGCGACGCGGACACUGUGCGCAAUUCGUGCUGAAGCUUAUGGGUCCUGCGUACUCGAGCUCCCGGCUCCCACUUGGAGAGGUGCGCUGCUGCGGGGCUUCGGCGCACCGGCUGUCGGCUUCACAUCUGGACCGCCUGCCCAGUGUCAUCUGCGGCCUGUUCGGACUGUGCACUCCCUAAACUUGUGUGUGUACCAGGGGAACCGGCUGAGAUCGCCUCGGAUGGUGUCGUGUUAAGGGAGAAGAGGCUGACUAUUUGGCCGGGACUAGUUUGGUGAUCCACCGGAACACCGUGGUCCAAACGCUGGACUGGCUGACUACUCAAGGAAUAGAAAACUGCUCAUCCAGCGCAGAGUAUGGAUUUUGCGUAGCGAAGUCGCGCAUUUUAAAGGCAACGCUAGGGUGACAUUGCAGUCUUCUCGUCACAUCGCUUAUUUCGUCGUCCGACAAAAAAUAAAAGCGUGAAAGUGGAGUAUUGUCCGUCGUACGUAUCGGCGCAGUGGGAUUUCUACGUCUGGUCGGCGUUCCCCCCCACCCUUCCCGCGGUGACGGUUAUGGGUCGGAAGCGGUGUGUCGGUGCAGAUUGUUCCAAGAUGGCGGCCGGGUGCUGCGGGGUGAAGAAGCAGAAACUGUCGGGAUCGCCCGGGUCGGGGGGUCCCGGCGGGGUGGGGGCGGGAAGCGGGGUGCCAGGAACCGGACAUUGUGGCUCGGAGCUGGGGAUUGGUUCCUCCGCGACCGUUGCAGCGGCGGCGAACGUGAGCAGAGCCAACGGCCUGGGGGGACCCGGGGGUAUCGUUAGUGGCAGCAGUAGUAGUAGUGGUAGCAGCGGCACGAACGCUCUGUCCCCAGCCCCGGCCGGUUACUCUUCAUCCGGCCUUUCCCCGAAUCUCAGCCCGGGACCCGGUUCGGGAAGUGGAGGCAGAAAAAUGGUGGUCUCGGCGGAGAUGUGCUGCUUCUGUUUUGACGUGCUUUAUUGCCAUCUGUACGGAUACCAACCUCCGAGAACACCCAGGUUUACAAAUGAUCCCUACCCGCUGUUUGUCACAUGGAAAAUAGGCAGAGACAAGCGGUUGCGGGGUUGUAUAGGUACUUUUUCUGCCAUGAAUCUGCACUCAGGACUCAGGGAGUACACCCUUACCAGUGCCCUUAAAGACAGCCGCUUCCCCCCUAUGACAAGGGAUGAGCUGCCUCGCCUCUUCUGCUCAGUGUCUCUUCUCACCAACUUUGAAGACGUCGGUGAUUACCUUGACUGGGAGGUGGGUGUUCAUGGUAUUAGGAUAGAAUUUUUCAAUGAAAAAGGAUCAAAGCGCACCGCCACUUACCUACCAGAGGUUGCAAAGGAGCAAGGUUGGGACCACAUUCAAACCAUAGAUUCCUUACUACGAAAGGGAGGUUAUAAAGCUCCCAUCACAAAUGACUUCAGGAAGACCAUUAAGUUAACCAGGUACCGUAGCGAGAAGUUGACAAUGGGCUAUGCAGAGUACAUCGCCCACCGUCAGCACCAUCACUACCAGAAUGGCAUUGGGCACCCUCUACCACCCUACAACCAUUAUUCCUGACAGCGAGCCGCAUGACCAAUCAUUGGACCUCUCCGCGGACCUUUUCCCAGGAGAGCCUGCCCCCUCCUGGUCUAGCUAUUUCUACUACUGUACCAUUUUAUGAUGAUAGUUUCCGUUGCCAUGCUGGCCGUCUCCCAGACGUUGACAUGGCAACGGGUGGCAACGAAGCAUCAUUUGAUUAUGGCAAGAAAUUCACUUAUUUUUUCUUUGCCUGUGAUUAAGUUUUUGCAGCAUAUGUAUCCUUAUAACUAUAACCCCCUUUACUCAUAAGUUUGAAAAUUAACAACUAAUAGAUUUUAUUAAUCUUUUCAGCAAACCUAAUCAGGUGUUUGAUUCUGUGGAUGGAAGGAAGUCUCUUAGUAGAUUAGUCUAACACUUAUAUUGUUUAGGCUUUGCUACAGUUUUACAUUAACUAAAAAAAUUUUUUUCUUUCUUUCUCCUAUUUUCUUUAUCUUAAUAUCCCAACAUGUAUAACCAUGUAGCAAGGCAACUGCAGUUCUCAAAGGCUGUGUCAUCUCUGUCCUGAUUCCUCUCAAAAAAAAGAUUGACUGUGGAAGUUGUUGAGCCUUGUAAACUCUUAUAGUGUUGUAGUUGGAACUAUUUAUUGGGAACUGUGUACUCCAAAGUAUAAAUAGUAGGAUAGUAAUGCCCUUUGACUGGCCUUUGCUGGUUGCGUUUCUUGUGCGAGCGGUGUGUGUCUCAGUGUGUGGAUUAGAACGUUGAUCUGCCACGAGAACAAACGAAAAUUAGAAAUUUGAUUUUUACCUAAAAAUCCUCUACAGAUUUUCUUCCCCCCUGAGUGUUUGGCGUGUUUUUGUGGUGGAACCUGUAAACUUGCAGCGACGUUCCCUCUUUUUCAAAUUAGAGUAAUUGCGGAGGAAGCCAUUUGUCUGAGGAUAAUUAUGUCCACGCUGGUUGAUUUAUUAUAUAAAAUGGGCUACAAGUGAGGUCUGCUCUCCCGGCAGUGGAGGGGGGCGACCAGGUGUAAUUACAUGUCCCUAAAAGAAAAGAAAAAAAGAAAAUGCAUGAAUGAUUUUUUUAGUUAAAAUUUACCGUUUGUUGGUGUCUGAGUUUACUGGCAGGGAGUCACUUUAACAGGGACAUGCUAUAUCUACUUAAAGCCAUAUUCUCUUUUUAUUCCACACUUUGUAAGAGUAGUCUGUCGUUUGGCUUGAAGUAUUUGCAUUCUGUGCCACUGAAACUGGUAACUGUUCAACCUCUGAAUGCAAACGUAUACCAACCAGCCUCAGGCAAGGCCGCAUCACGAAAGACACACGUCGAAUCAGCGGUUUCAGUCAUUUGUCAGGUGUCGUGUAUAUUGCCCGUGUCGUCAUGGAAACACUGUCUUGCCUUUUCAGAUUAUAGCUAACCAUUGUCACUCGUCCGUGAAGUAUGCUGUAUUAAAAAUUGUCAUUUUCGAAUGAAGACACUUGACGCACAAAAGGAAGUGAGCUAAUUAACAUGUUUGUGUCAUUUAGAAGUGCAUGUCAUUGUGGAGCUGCCACGACGCAGCCAGUUUUAGUUGUUGAAUCCGCACUACCACUGCUCUCCGAUUAGUCCGCCGUUCAGCAAGAUCCCGUCGAUCUGUGUGUCCACGGCACAGGACAUAUUUUCAUUUGUGGUGUGUUUAGUCAGCUGUUGGGCAGCCGGUUCCAGCAAACACGGUUGAAUUAGUCAGAGCUGAAUUUCUGCACGAGGCCUGGCGGCUUACAGUUGAGGUCUAUGAAUAAAAAAGUUUAUGAAAAAAAGCCAGGGCUUUGUAUAAAGGACUUAAGAAGCCAUUUCCCAUCCAAAUAUCAAUCGUCUUGAGUCGGCAUCCACACACACACACACACUUUUCCAGAAUGUUACAGUUGUUAUGGGUCAUCGUGCGAUCUGCUUGUUUUGGUUUUUAGUUUUGCGAACUGGUAUUUUUGAGAGGUUCUUGUCACUUGACCAACAUCUUUCUGCGUAACAGCCUUUACUAACUGACAGGUUCUUUUUCUUUAUGCAAAAAUGUCAAGGGCUUUUGGCACUCCAUCCACAGUAACCCGAAAUGACCCAGUAUUCAGUUGUGUUGCCUUAAAUUAAUGAAUUAAUAAGUGAUGGGCCAGGAGAUGACGCUCGAUGACUGUUCCUCUGACCUGUGGUUCUGCUUUGUCCCAGCUCCAUCUUCACAUCACAUUGUAGGGAAGGGCCUGAGAUGAUGUUGUGUGAAUGCUGUCAAUACUUCAUCAUCCAUACAUAUGGGGGCUCGUGGACACUCCACAUCCAGCUGCUGGUCCUUGAUUACACUUAAAGCUCCACAGAGACUUUGGGAACACAUUCUCUCUCUGUCUGACACCGUGAUGUUGUUACCCUCAACUUUUCACACCUCUAUAGACAAAUGGUUUUUUUUUUA